AGGAAGAGGAAACGAAUUUAUCCACAUGCAUUCAUGUGUAGCCAGUCCCAGUGACACCAUUUAUUACCUCACUUCAUUUCCGUUACUGUCCUCGCAAUCUCCGGUGGCGCCCCCGCCCAUCUCCGCCGUCCACCUUCCUAAUUUUUCUCCCCGUCGUUAACUUAUCUCCGCUCUUCCAGAGAAGAAUCUGAUUUGCUUGCUGACCGAUUCUCGUGGAACCGUGCGCCAAAUCCUGUUCGUCUAUUGAGAAAAAAAAAUUGUGGGUUUUCCUCUCAUCUUUGCUAGCAUUUCUGGGAUUAAAUCUUUAUCCAAUUUGAGCUGAUUUAGGAUUUUUGUGAUUCCUUAUUUGGUAGAUCCGAUCUUUAUAUGCUCUUCCUCGAUUUUGGGUCUCUUUAAUUUCUGUAAUUUGGGGUGAAUUGAAAGAGGGAACGGAGGAGAGGGUGUUUAUGUGAUCUUUCUUUCCUUGUUGUAUUUGUGUAGGUGUCUUAUUGAGUGUUGUUGGGGAAGAAACAGAAUUGGGUGGUUUGAGUGGGAUUUGUGGGAAGAGGUUAGAAAGGAGGGUUGAAAUUGAAGAGGAAAAAGGGGGGUUUGAUUCUCUGGCUGUUCUGGAGUGCUUAUCGAAUAUAUUGAGGGCCCUCCGGAUGGGUUCCUGCUGGUCUUCCGAGAGCAGCAGGAGCCCGAGCCGGACGGGCUCUCCCAUUGGGAUCCAGAGGAAGAAGAGCUUUAAGAGGAGGUCGGUCUCGCGGAGUUCUUCCUUCGACUAUUACAGGAGGGAGGAACAUCUGCAUCGGAUUCCGGGUCGCCAGUUCUUGAACGGGUCCAGCGAGGUGGCUGCUCUCUUCACUCAGCAGGGAAAGAAAGGAACUAAUCAAGAUGCUAUGGUUGUUUGGGAGAAUUUUGGGUCAACAACAGAUACCGUUUUUUGUGGUGUAUUUGAUGGGCAUGGUCCUCAUGGUCAUAUGGUAGCAAAGAGAGUGAGAGAUUCACUUCCCUUGAAACUGAGUGCACACUGGGAAGUUAAUACAAAAAGUGAGGAUGUUCUUCGAGAGCUCAACCUAAAGAUGGGUAGUAUAAACUCUCUGGAUUCUUCAUUCGCAGCCAUUGAUGAUGAUGACCCAAGGGCUUCCACCUAUGUUGAAGAAACUGAGAAGCACCCUGAUAUCUUUAAGACUUUGAAGGAAUCUUUCUUGAAGGCUUUUAAGGUCAUGGAUAGGGAACUAAGGUCCGUUACAAAUAUAGAUUGUUUCUGCAGUGGAACCACUGCUGUAACUCUUGUGAAACAGGGCCGCAAUCUUGUGAUUGGGAAUGUUGGAGACUCAAGAGCCGUAUUGGGGACAAGAGAUAAAAACGAUUCUCUUACUGCAGUACAGUUGACUGUGGAUCUUAAGCCUAAUCUUCCAGUGGAAGCAGAGAGGAUCAGAAAAUGCAAGGGACGCGUGUUUGCUCUUCGAGACGAACCAGGGGUACACAGAGUGUGGCUGCCGAAUGCAGAUUCUCCUGGCCUUGCCAUGGCACGUGCAUUUGGUGAUUUCUGUCUCAAGGAUUUUGGUCUUAUCUCUGUCCCAGAAGUUUCAUACCGGCGUUUAACUGAGAAAGAUGAGUUCGUCGUCUUGGCUACCGAUGGGAUUUGGGAUGUCCUAUCCAACGAAGAGGUAGUGAAGACGGUUGCAUCAUCCACGCGUUCAUCUGCAGCUAAAGUGGUGGUUGAGACCGCUGUCCGGUCGUGGAGGACAAAGUACCCGAAUUCCAAAGUGGAUGACUGUGCUGUUGUCUGCCUCUUCCUUGAUUCGCGCGAUUGGUCUCCGGUUACAACCCAAAGGAGUGAAGUCAACAAAGGUAAGAAUGUAUAUGCUACUGCCCCUAUUACUACCCCCAAGGAGGAAGAUAUUGAGGAGGAGGAUGAAGAGGUGAAUGGUGAUGGUGAGGAGGAGGAAACAGAGGAGGAGGGGAUAGAGUGGUCUGCCCUUGAAGGGGUAUCUCGGGUCAACACGCUGGUGACCCUGCCCCGGUUUGUGCUGCCCGCCGUGAAGGAUGAGAAGAAGAAGAAGAAGAAUCAAUAAAGUAGAGUGGGGGUGGGGUGGGGUGGGGGGGGGGGUGCNUAUUGUCCUUAGGAUCGUGCUCGGGGCACCCCACCCUACAGAACUGAGGAAAGUGAUGCGAAAGGUGGGGCGACUUUAGUUUUUUUCCUUGUCCGUAAACCGAUUUCACUUUUGUGUGUGUGUUGUCAAUUUCUCAAUUUAUUUUUAUCUUUGGUGACACUUUACUUUUAGUGUAUACUCCAAGGAGAUGUAGGACGUAUUACCUGAGGGGUGGGGGUGGGGUGGGGUGGGGGCUGUAUUUGAAUAGAAUGUCUGGGGAUCAUUGUUUUUUGUUUCAUUCCCUUUGAUCAUGAAAGCUGGGGGGAGUUUUGAUAUCAUAAAUCACACAACUUGGUGAUGUCCACAGGAAUUGUGUAAUUUGGAACAACAUUUUAUUGUUCACCAACUUUUGCCCCUUUUUUGCUUUUCUCAGUGCUUAUCAUAUG